UAUACAAAAUAUUAAUUGGAAGUCAAAUAAUCAUCACUUCUUUAGAAUUAUAAAUAGAGAGACUUACUUACAUAUUAUGGACUCAUUCAGUUAAGAAAAAAAAAAACAAUAAAAGGAAGAUGGGUAAGAAUUUGAGCAUGAUGCUGAUGAUGGUUUUGAUAGUAGCGGCGAUUGUGGUCGGAGGUGAAGCAAAAUCGGAGGUACAAUGCAGUAUAUUGUGUCGUCCCCAUUGUCAAUUUUCAUCAUCAGCAGGAGAAUGUACCGACUGUCAUAGAACGUGUAACCAAUCUCCACCGGCUGCUACGAAGACAGAUGUCCUUAAGAACCAGCACCUCAGCAGAAAAUUUGGUCUAGCCAACUAAUUUCUAACAUAUAUAAUAUGGUGAUUGUAUGAUUGUAUUAAUGGACAGUUAGUCCAACUGUUAUUGCUUGAACUACUUCUACAUUAUAUUUGUAAUAAUAAGAUGAGAUAAUAUAUUCUUGUUUUCAAUCUCAUGCUCAUAAUAAAUGGUGAAAAAAUAAUUAAAAUACAAGAACAUUAUAAACAUAACUUCUUAUUGUGGAAUUUAAAUUAUUGUGGUAGAAUCAAUAUAUAUAUUAUAUAUCUCGUCAUGUCUCUUACAAUGUUUUCAACUUGGUGUGGUAACAGAGUAGCUAGCGAUCAUAAGAACUAGUGCACUAAAAUCCCAAUUGAAGGAAGCUAUUAAAGACAUAUUCAAAUUAAAAACUCAUCAUCGAUCCAUAAACUGUAGGGUAGUAAUCAUCAAGUUUAUAACAGAAACCACAAACACAGAUGAAAAGAGAGUGGGAGACAAGAGGGUGAACAAUACAAACCAGAGAAGAAGUGAAACUAUGAAACAACACAAUUUGAUUAGAACUCUCGAAGGGAAGACGAUGCACACAUCUUCUUCUUCAAUCUCACGUCGAGGAAAUGCCAAAGGAUCCGAUGUUGCCCUAUCUACAUAUAUAUA